AUGAGUAUGGGAAAUAUACAGAAGAUGGGGUACACCAUUAGGCAAAAGAUUGACAUUUGUCUAAUGGCUGAAGCAAACCCCGAGAUGACCCAGGCCGACUUAGCUAAUUGGGCCAAGAAGAAGUACCACACAAUCAAGCCGCCCUCACAGACCACAAUAUCAAGAAUUCUUUCCAAGAAAAAUGAAUUGAUUGCCCUCAAAGAACACGAGUUCAAGCUUAUCAGAAGACGAAAACCUUCAAACGUGCUUCUCCGAGAAAUUUUGACCGAAUGGAUAUCGCAAUCGGUUUGGGACGGGAUACCCAUCACCAUCCCAAUAAUCCAAAACUCGGCUACCACUUUGUGGAAGAUCUUACCAGUAAAUUCAAAAGAAGGUAACGGCGAGUUUAGCCACAAAUGGUGUAACCAUUUUCUCGGCAAAAUGAAUGUGAAUUUGAGCAACUUGGAUAAUGAGUUGGUCAAACCAAGCAAAAUAUGGAAUUUGGCGACCGAAAGAUUACAAUUGAAAUCGUACUUGAAACUGUUCAAUCUAAAGGACAUUUUUGUGUUAGACGAUUUCUUUCUCUACUAUAAGCUCCCGUUGGACCAAAAGUAUGUCAAGGAUGAGUAUUACCAUGACCCUGCCAACGCCACCACCAAUGAUUCAAGGAUUCUCCAAAAUAAAAACGGGGUGACGGUUUUGUUAACCACCAACGCCGAUGGGUCCGAAAAGUUGGAACCGUUAUUAAUUGGUCAUUACCAGAAUAUGGUUUGCUUUGAAGGAAAGCCAAUCACCAAAAUUACCAAAAAAUACGAACUUAGCUACAAGACCAAUAAAAAAGCCUGGUUGACUUCGAUACAAUUGUCUGAUUGGUUAUCAACUUUGGACAAGCGAUUAUCGAUUGCCGGAAGGGAUAUCGUGUUAAUUUUGGAUGAUGCGCCAAGUCAUCGAGUGGUCAAUAUGAAGCUAGAUUUCAUCAAACUUGUGUUUGUUCAUAAUCCGAAUAUCGAUAACAAAGCCGCCCUUGUUGACACUAACUUGUUGACGUCACAAAGGCAAAGAUUUCUACCGAUGGACUUGGGGAUUUUUAGAGAAUUCAAGAUAUUGUAUCGGUUACAGCAAUAUCUAUUGUCAAUUAGUUUACAGUCAAAGUUGAGACCUCCGUCAAAGAUAUUGGAAUUGGACCAGCACUCAAUAAGUUUAGUCGACGUAAUGAUCAUGAUCAAAAAUGCCUGGUCAAACGUGUCAGUAGAGAUUAUUAGGAAUUCUUUUAUCAAUACCGAUAUCAUUGAUUUGGAAGAAUAUACAAAGCAGCAAUUCGACGGGUCGGGUGACGACAAAAUAACCAAUAUUGGUAAUCACAAAUCAUACUGGGGUGAUUCUAUCAAUGAUGCUUCGGAUAGUAAUGAUUCGGAAGGGAACACUCAUAGUGCGGCGUCUUUAUCUCAAAAUACCGCUACCGAUUUCAAGAAUUCGGAAUAUAAGUUGAUGCAAAUCAUCAAAAAGUUGAACGUUCACGAGCCGUGGGAAAUUGAUAUGCUAACCAACUUGGGAGUCGAAGAUAAAUUUUUGUCGUAUCAAACGCCAACCGAGAUGGUUGAUGCGUGUAUUGUCGAAGAAUAUGAACCAAACAAUAAUAAUACCAAAGGGUCAACUAGAAAUGGAUCUGAGAGAUCCAAGCUUUUGAAAAAAGAUUCCAAGCCUGUGGUGAAUGCCGCAGGAUUUGUCGACCAAAGACAAAUAAAUAAUCCACCUCCACCACCGCCAGCAGCAGCAGCGCAAGUGGACCCGGUACCAGAACCUCAGCCACCGGUGAAAGACAAUGAUGUUGAUGAUAUUAUGAUCAAGGACCUCAAUUUUGGGAAUUCCAAAAACGAUCCAAUAAUGGAAAGCUAUGAUAGUUAUUUGAGUAAUUGGGUACCAGAAUCCAACGACUUUAAAUUCAAUUUUGACUCGGAUCAAGGUAAUGCCGCUGAUUUUAAUUUGUUCAAUUACGGCGACGAUAAACCGGUGUUUGAUUUAGCGACUUUGGACACUGCCAAUAAUCUCUACGGUUUUAACGCUUCAAAAGAUGCGAAUUUUGGGUUUCAAGGACUCCCGUCGCAUGUUGAUCCUCCAUCGGUUUCGCUUAACCCUGCCACUGCGCCACAGUAUAACCAACAUGUUAAUAGAUACACUGCCAAUUCGUUGUACCUGGACCCGAUCAAGAAAGGUAACAUGUCGAGUAUUAUUACCAUUCCUGACAAUAGCCGGUCGUUUGGAGUGCUCUACUCGAAAAAACGGAAAGUGUCGAGUCUUGAAAAUGAUAACCCCAACCCUCCAAGUCUUUUCAGCUCUCCAAGAAACCCUGAGCUGUUGGGGAAAUCCGAUUCGUUUAAUAGUGCCAGCAACUACCCUGUGGGAGGACCAUUCAAUAAUUCCAAGAAUAGUUCGACGGUGUCGUCGCCGCAAAAUUUCCUGGAUAUCAAUAAACCGCUGUCGGAAUUGACUCCGAGAAAUCCGUUAUCGCAAAUGACCAGCCAUACCAGCUUUGGCACCACCACUACUGGGGAUUACUCGAAUAUAAAUAAUGGGACUUUGAGCAUGACUCCCCAAGGGAAAGCUAGCUUAUUGUUGGCGGUGGUGAAUGCCGCGAAUAAUGGGGAGUUUAGAUUAUCUGAGAGCUGUAUCAAUGAACUUGUGUCGCAAUUGUAUAAUCAGGUUAGUAUUGUCCAACAACAAACCGACCAGAACCCGCAAAUGAUGGGUAGUGGUGGUAAUGAUGGUAAUAUGGAUUUGAGUGGGUUAUCACAAUACCUUGCCCAGAGUUUGGAAUUGAGCGGUGGUAACCAUGCGUAUGCCAAUAGUGCUACUAGUAUUAAUAACAAUAAUAUCAAUAACAAUAAUAUCAAUAAUAAUAAUAAUAAUGGUAAUAACAUCAAUGAUAAUAGUUCAUCGGGAAUGAAUUUUUAA